CCGCCAUUGGCUCUUGGCGAUGCAGCGGUCCGGACAGUUUCCCUGGCCAGCUGACCCCGUGUUAUCUGCAUGAAAUCCACAACUGUGUUAUAAGAGACAUUUGAAGUUCCGGGGAUGAAAGCACGUCCAUGGCGGUACCGACGAAGUUCAAACAACUGCUCGUUAGCCUUUUGCUCGCUGGCUCGUCGAGUGCAGAGGAAUACACGGGACCCUACGCGCACGGCGGGUCCUGGAGGAAGGGCUUCGCCCAAGCAAAGGCUCUUGUGGACCAGAUGACGAUCCCCGAGAAAGUGAACCUAACGACGGGAUGGCCCGGCGUGUGCGCCGGCGGCACAGGCGAGGUCGCGCGCCUCGGCAUCCCCGUGCUCUGCCUCCAGGACGGCCCGAACGGCGUCCGCCCCGCGCGGAGAGCGUCGCAGUUCCCGACGGGCCUCACGGCGGCCGCGACGUGGAACCGCGACCUGAUCGCCGCGCGGGGGGGCGCGAUUGCGCGCGAG